AUGCACAAUAUAUAUGAUUAUAUAAAAAUCUGUCUGAACAAGACAGGGGGCAAAUCAGUAUUAUCUGUCUCCCAACACAAAAUAAAAAAGAUGAUUUUACUAAAUAUGUUCUCUGGUGGCUCAGGCGGUAAAGAAUCUGUCUACAAUGCGGGAGACCUGGGUUUGAUCCCUGUGUCGGGAAGAUUCCCUGGAGAAGGAAAUGGCAACCCACUCCAGUACUCUUGCCUAGAAAAUCCCAUGGACAGAGGAGCCUGGUGUCCAUGGGGUCGCAAAGAGUUGGACAUGACUGAGCAAAUUCACUAA